ACUGCAGACUCGACGAGAGUAACAGUGAGUUUUGUGCGCGGGCACUACAUUUUAGCAAAAUACAGUCAGUUUCCUCCUUUUUCUGCAAGGCUGACUCCUAUAGUAUAGAACACACAGAGAGAGUCCUACUACGGGUUGUGUGUCAGUCUGCUUGCAGAAGAGAAGAAUUAGUGAAUCGAAACGAAUGAAAGCAAGCGAGUAGAAGAAUAAUUUCCUAGUUGAAAAUUUCCCGUAGAGAUGCUAGAAAGUGAAAACAUAAAGUGUAGAAAAGUGGGAAAAUUGUUGCAAAUUUGAGCCAAAAAAAAAAAUUAACGUGUAGAAGAGCAAUGAGAAGCAGAGCGGAAGAGUGAAGUGUGCGGAAAAGAAAAUAAAAAUUGAAGAAGAUUCGACGAGUGACAUACGAAAACUGAAAAUCAAAAUACCAUUGAUGUGCGUGCAGUAAAAUGGCCUCAUCUCCCACGCCAUCGCUAGAAUCAUUACCCGGUGCAUCAAACUCGAUCGGAUCGUACGGUGAACCAGCGGAUUACCUAUCGGACUCACCCUUGACUACGUUGAGUGGUUCCGGAACCGGAUCAUCGCCUCCGGCUAGUGACUCUGCCAUCUGUGACGACUACGUAACGGCGUCGAGCCUCGAGUCGGCCCAAUCGAACAGCUCGGAAUCGCUGUUCCCCCGGUGCACCGGCUGCAAGAGCAAACAGUCGGAUGCUGUUGCCAAGUGUAUCGAUUGUGUGAACUUCCUCUGUGCCAACUGUGUUACGGCUCAUCAGUUUAUGCACUGUUUUGACGGACAUUCAGUGUUUCGUAUUGGUAGUUCGGCCUCCAGUACGGGGUCAACGACCUGCACGACAACGACCAUUGCUAACGGAGGGCUCGGAUCGCUAGAGAGCAGCCUGCUGGCAAACAACAUUCUGAACAGUAGUAAAAUGAUGAACGGCUUCGAGCCGGCACCGCAUCGCUUGACUUCGCUAAAUCUUACCAUCAAGGACGAUACCAGUAGCCUGGUGAAAUCAAUCAUGAAUAAUGUGAUAACUCCACCGACCUCCAACGGAAGUGGUGGUGGUGGAGCCGGAAGUGGAAACCUCCCGAUAAAUUCCGUCAAUCAGCUCAAUAGCCAGUUGUCCGCACUGAAUGUCAACGGGGUGGAAAUGAACGGUCAAAACAAGCCAAAUUACUUUUGCAAACGUCACACCAGUGAACUGCUCAAGUUCUUCUGCCGCACCUGCAGCGUGCCGGUGUGUAAGGAUUGCAUGCUGAUGGAGCACCCGAAUGGAGUGCAUGAAUGUGAGCAUAAUCCGGAUUCGACACCGAAGCAAAUCGAAAGUCUUCUACACACGGUUAGCGAAGUCCGUGCCAAGGCAACCGAACUGCGGACGCUAAUCAAGAACGUCGAACACAACUCCCAGCGCAUCCAGGUGCAAUACCACAAGGCUCAGAACGAAAUCACCGACACGCACCAGUUCUACCGCUCGAUGCUAGACGAGCGCAAGGCGGAACUACUCAAGGAGCUGGAGAGCUUCUACAACACGAAGAACAUGUCCCAAUCGGUGCUGCUAACCAAGAGCCAGGAUCAGGUCGACAAGGUGCUGCAGAGCUGCGAGUUUGUCGAACGCCUUAGUAAAUGUGCCGGCCUAGCGGAGACAAUCAUGCUGCGAAAGUUUAUGGAAAACAAACUCCUUCUGUUCCCGGCCAUCACGCAAGAUCUGCAAUCAUCCUACGAGCUCGACUUUGUGUCCAACUAUCAAGCGAUCCAGGUUGGUGUCCGGAACACGUUCGGCUACAUUCGAUCCACCUCGGAUGUCACGUCGUCGACCAAGCAACCACCGAUUGCACGACCCACAUCGACCAACAACAGUAACGGAACCAACGGAAUCAUCGGUUCCAACAGCUUAAUCAUGACCAAUGGCAACAGCCCGUCCAGCAGCACCGGAAGUCUGAACCUCAUUCAGCAAAACCCCUUGAUGGUCAAUGGAGGCAAUAACAGUCACCUGAUGGACAGUAGACCCUUUUCCAGCAAUACCAACAACUCCGGAAACAACCACCAUCUUUCCACCUCGCCAUCGCAAACCAACGGAGGCAUUUCGCCCUUCGAUUCGAACAUCAUCUCCAAGCGCUUCAACAGCGCCAACAGUCUGGGACCAUUCGUCGGCGAUGUGCAGCCCCUGCAGCCGCUGAAUCCGUACGAGAAGUGGAGCAACGGCGGUAACGACAUCUUCAACAACGUCAACGACCAGUACACCAUUCCACUGAACCACAUCCCACAGGAAUCGAUGAUCGAUCUCAGCUCAAAGUUGAUGAACACAAACAUUUUCCCACCGAAGUCGCAAAUCAAGCGACAGAAGAUGAUCUACCACUGCAAGUUCGGUGAGUUUGGUGUGAUGGAGGGUCAGUUUACCGAGCCUAGUGGUGUAGCAGUGAACGCCCAGAAUGACAUCAUCGUUGCCGAUACGAAUAACCAUCGGAUCCAAAUCUUCGACAAGGAAGGUCGUUUCAAGUUCCAGUUCGGAGAGUGUGGCAAGCGUGACGGACAGCUCCUGUACCCGAAUCGGGUGGCAGUGGUAAGGACGUCCGGAGACAUUAUUGUGACUGAGCGAUCGCCUACGCACCAGAUCCAAAUCUACAAUCAGUACGGUCAGUUUGUGCGAAAGUUUGGAGCGAACAUCCUACAGCAUCCGCGCGGAGUCACUGUGGACAGCAAGGGUCGCAUCGUGGUGGUUGAGUGCAAAGUCAUGCGUGUUAUUAUCUUCGAUCAGUCGGGCAAUGUGCUGCAGAAGUUUGGCUGCAGUAAGCAUUUGGAGUUCCCGAACGGCGUCGUGGUAAACGACAAGCAAGAGAUCUUCAUCAGCGACAACCGUGCGCAUUGUGUGAAGGUGUUCAACUACGAGGGUCAGUUCCUACGCCAGAUUGGCGGCGAAGGCAUCACCAACUAUCCGAUCGGUGUCGGAAUCAACGCCAGCGGUGAAAUCCUGAUCGCCGACAAUCACAACAACUUCAAUCUGACCAUCUUCACCCAGGACGGCCAACUGGUGUCGGCCCUGGAGAGCAAGGUCAAACACGCCCAGUGCUUCGACGUCGCCCUGAUGGACGAUGGCAGUGUAGUGCUCGCCAGCAAGGACUACCGAUUGUACAUCUACCGGUACGUGCAAGUACCGCCGAUUGGAUUGUAAAAUCCCCGAGGCGAUCGCCUCCACCAGAACCAUGACGAAACAAUGUGCAGAAAGAGUGCUCCCAAUCGAACGCGAAAAUAUUGAACCAUUUGUGCAACAUCCAGAGAGAAAAAAGUGCACGCAAACAAAAACAUUCACAAUCAACUCUAGUCCUCGCCACUGUUCCAUCGAUGCUUGUGUGCGUGUGUGAUCUGCAAUCUACGCGCACACCCCUCUCAGUAGGAAGGAGGAAACGGAAAAAAAUACCCAAAAAUCCAGAUCGACAGCCGAAGAGAAGCCGGGAACCAUCAACCGAGCAACAAGAGCCAAAAUGACCAAGAACGAAGCCGAUGAACCCGACGAGCAGGCAAAAACCGGAAGAACGAGACGUGAGCAGCAUUCUCCGUGCUCUGAUAUUGGUGUUUGUGUGCAUUGUUGGUGUAAGUGAGGGGAAAAGUGGUGGAAGAUGGCGGGCGCGCGCGCCUGUGCUCUCUUUCUCUGUUCCGGCCAGAAUUUUUUCCGUUUCUGUUGUUCCAAGAACCGUCGCUGCAGGGUGACACGGUUUACCCGGCUUUGUCCCCGCGCGCGCCCCUAGAAGAAAUUUCUGUAUGAAUAAUAAGACGACUACAGGACGGCGGCAAAUGAUGAUGAUGAAAACGUAAAACAUGUGUGUUAUCAAUCUGGAAGCCAGCUGUUUACUAUGUGGUAUGAUGGAGUUCGCCGAGGGAGCCGAAUUCGUGCGUCGAGGGAGAGACGAACAACCGACAAAGAAAUUGAGAACGCAAUCACACACACACACACACAUGCACAUGCACGCGGUAGCGUGUGCAAGAAAAGUCAAGUAAGAACUUUUUAGCGCUCUGAUAACGAGUUUGAUAGUGGGGAAAUUUUGGAUUUCUCAAUCCCUUAAUUAAUAUUGACAUACGGAGAACCCAGAAAAAAAAAACACGUGAACACAUGAGAGAUUAUGACAGAUUUUUUUUAAGGUAGACGGUGAAAAUAACACACACACACACACAAACAGCUUUUUUAUACAUAUUAUUAAAAAUUAGUAAAGGCCAACGAUGGUGGGACGCGAAGUCGCGUCCCGAUUGGUCUGGGGUGUUUGAAUGAAAGCGACUCAUUAUUAGCUAUUGAUUAAUGCAAAUCGAUUUGACUUCUUUACGACUGAACAAUUGUUAUUGCAAGUGGAUAAGUAAGGGUUAGUAUUGUGAAUUACGAUUGAGUUUUAAAUGUAAGCACUCACACACUCUCUCUAUUUGGACGAUGCCUGAAUUAUUAUCCUAGUCAGGACCGUCCGGUUUGUAUAUGUUUAUGCAUACUUAUUAACUAGACCGAGAGGAACAAGGAGGAACAGCGUGUUUUUAUUACUAUUAUCAGGGUAUAUGUUCGUUCACAAUUGACUAGAUUACAAGCAGAAACACAGAAACGUACAUUCAUUAAAGGUUAGUAAGAAACACACACACAUCCAUGCAUACGCGGACGCGUGUUAGUUAAGUCGAGAUUAUUCGAUUUUCAUUUCGCUAGUGAGAAGAUGUUUUUAUUCAGUGCUUCAAUAUUAUAGUUUUUCGAUACAAUAAGACUUGGAAAUGUCAACUGUCGAUCGUACCGGUUGCAAAUUUACGCGACUCAGAUUCGUUAUAAAUGGAAAUUACCGCUCGAGAAGCGGAAAAUUACCACAGGUAACGACCCUGGCGAAGGCCAACCGAAACGUCGGUAGGUCGAUCGGUCCAAUGCGUCGUUGGGUCGGUGCGAUUCAUAACUGACAUUUCCCCCCCAAACUUGAAUCUAUAUGAAUCUAAGUCGUCGCCGGCCGGGUAGCUCGCAGACCCGGCGGUGAACCAUGGAAAACGAAUGUUUCUAUUACUUUAUGUUGAUAUAUGUAGGUAUAUCAUCUCCGUGUAGGGUUAAGGUCAAGCGUAAACGAGAAAUGAAAAAUAAUCUAUUACUUAAAAAUUGGCAACAACAGCAAAAAUUCCCGCGCGAAUCAUUGGAGCGAAUUAAACAAUUAGGCACUUUAGUAGGACACAUAUAUUUAAAAGAAAAUAUUUAGGUAAAUUGUUGAACUGUUUUGUAGCGUUUUACGAUAAAACCAAAAUUAUCUGAUACGAAGAGCGGAAAUGUGGAAAAAGCAACACUCGAUCAGGGCCCGUCCCGCACAGUGGGUUCGAGGGCGCAAUCCAAAACGUCAAAAUGUAACAUAAAUUCAAUCUCCUACUCCGUCUCCAUUUUUAUUGUUUAACUUAGUCUACUUAAAUCAGCUUAGCAGUUAGAUACAUUUUAUUUGUUUCAAUUCAAUUAUCCGUAAUUUAUUCUAAUGAUUUUGAUUUCGUUUAUUUUUUCUCUCUUAUAUGUGUGUGUGCGCGUUUUCUUUUUAUUUAUUCCUAACUCUAGCCGCUUGGAUUUUGACUCCCUCUGUCUCUCUCACUCUCCUUCGGCUGCCAGCUGGGAAUCCACAGAGCAAAGGGGAAAACAAAGUUAGCAAAAAAAAAAACGAGAGGACCGCAGCCAAGCUCCUCGAAUCGAAUGUAGUUAGUUUUCCAAACCUGUGUUCAUUGUAGAAAAAGAACCCCCUGCGACUCACCCUGCGUUCGUGCAUCAAUGGAAAUUUUCUUACGAAAGGGAACUAGUUUUUUUACUCGUAUAAAUCUUACAGUGCAGUAUUACUGAUUUUUUGUUUUUGUUUUUUGCUCGUUUACAUUUAAGGACAAGGAGGAAUCCUGUUUUUAUUAUUAUACACUUGCGUCUAGUUCUUUGUAUUUUUGCGUGCCUCAGCUUUUUUUACACUAUGAUGAAACAAAACAAACACUAUAUGUCUGUAGAAAGUAUCUCAUGUUAACAUGUAAGGCAAGCAAGUCGUCAUAUUUCUGUGUGUGUUUUUGCUACAUAUUACUCAUUUUUACCCCAUUUUUUUUUUGGAUAGUUAGUGUUUAGCAGUAUCACUUUUAGUUAUCUCAUUUUUUAUUAUUGUAUUUUUAUAUAUAAAAGUAAACCUAUUAUUAUUUUGAUAUAUUAUUAUUGUGCAUUUAGAAAAGCGAUCACCUUUUUAAAUUAAUAUUAUACACCUUUGUUGGUUAUGUUGAUUUUUGUUUUGUUAAAUUAUUACACUUAAGUUUUUGAGUUUAACGAGUUUUGACACAACCCUAUACUUGUGUAUUGUAAAGUUGCGGGAAGAGAGCGAACGCAUACAAUUGUAUAUUUUUUAAAGCAACGAAAUUUGAGCAAUCCGUAAACUGUAAGAUCAUCAACACAAGAUAGACACAAGCAUUUAUAAGAAAGAAGAACGAAAUACAACACAAAAAUCGUGAAAACACAUCAACAAGUAUGUUUUUUUCUUGGGUUUAAGAGCAAACGACAAACUUAAAGACAACAAGCAAAAACUAGCACCCAGGCGGGAGGCGGAAAUCAAACGAUUCCACGUGAUCUACUCGAAAUCGAAUCAACUGCCAACUGCCAACACUGUUUGGAUAUGGGCUCACGUGGAAUCCGUUUCGAUUUCCGUCCGAGGUCCUGGAAAUUGUUUUAAUUUUUAUUAGAAAUAAACUAGAAAGUUACUUACUUUUUUGAUUAUUUUUAAAUUAUAUACUAUUCGAUGAUUUAUUAACAAAAUAAUUGAAAAAAAUACACAAAAAUAAAAGAAUGAGUUGUUUAGAUAAAA